UCCGAAAAGAUUACGAGGAAACGGCUUCUACUGCCACUCCUCUUCUUGGCUUUGGGUGUCUGUGAAGCAAAUAGACGCUCUUUCGACACACGCUAGCAGCGGCACAGUUCACAACCUUCAACCUCUCAUGUUCACCGUGUGUCUUCAAUAUGUAUAAACAACCGUAUGAGGCACAUAUGCUGACGACAGUAUGUUUCCUCCUCGCAGCAAUUGGAACACUCACAACCGGCCUCCGUUUCUGGUCACGACGAGCACACGAGUCGAAGGCAGGCCUAGAAGACUGGCUGAUCUUGCCAGCACUCAUUUUCGCGUAUGGCGUCUUUGGCAUUGCAUUAUGGGGAACUUUCUCACACUCACUCGGCUACCCUGCGCCUCCACCCAAUGUACCUGGCCCUGGAGGGUUCAGGUAUUCUAUGUCUCCAGAGCAGAAAAACUUCAUGAUGAUUCAGUUUGUUAUGCAUCCGUUGUAUGCACUAUCAACAAGUCUCGUCAAACUUAGCAUUCUAUUCUUCUACAAAAGACUCUUUUGCACGCGAAGUAGACCGAAGUUCACUUAUUUAGUGUAUACCAUGGUCGCCAUUGUCUUGAUUUGGACCGUAGCCUACAUCUUCAGCCAGAUCUUUGCCUGCGGCAGCUCUGGUGUUGCGACUCGAUGGGACACCGUGGUUAACAUCAAUAGAAAAUGUCCACUGGCGGACAAUUUGUCUUUUGCGGCAUCCAUAGCAAGCUUCUUGACUGAUCUGAUCAUACUGGUCAUGCCAAUUCCAAAGAUCUGGGGUCUUCACAUGCGAACUCGUCAGAAGUUCUCGAUUGUUGGGGUGUUUAUGAUUGGGUCCUUGGCUACUGCCGCUUCCUUAGUACGACUUGUCAACUGGGUUAUAGUAUGGAAUGGACACUGGUCGUUCCCGGACGGUGAAUAUAUUGCCACUAUCGCUGUAACUUGGAUGGUCGUAGAGACGGGCGUCGGCCUUAUUGCAGCUAGCUUACUGACCUUGUCACCAUUGAUCCGCUACGCUUCGGCAGGAAGGAUAAUUCAGAGCAUUAGGAGCACAUUCUCCACGACUUCUCUUCGUUCGCGCGGAGAGGCUAGUGAAGGCAAUCGGAAAUAUAGCCGGGACGAGUCAUUCGUAAUGGAUAAGAGCCAUACCGGGAACACCAUCAUUGUGGAAACAGAUAUUGAGACCGGCUGGGGUAUACCACAUCAGAACGAUGCAAGCAUCGGACUGAAGGGGAUGCCAGCUGCUCACAUUCCUUCUUGACGUAUGUAUUGCUUAAGUUUUCGCACCUUGGGCGCUUGCCGCCGAGGGGAAUUACGUCGAGAGCUCUGACUAGAUGAAGUGAUAGAAUCAGUCUGACCUGCUGAUUUCCUGUUUAUAGCCAUCUUUGAAUAUGAAUCAUAUGACUCUAAAGCUCCAUGAAAUGUAGUGGCCAUAAAUGCCUUCUUAAUAGCAUAUCUGUCAAACAUAUCCCUAGCAAGAGGGCCAUGGUCGAAAGAGCAC